CCACACUUCUGACUCGCACAGACUCAGAAAGGAUCCAUCAUGGUGCUGUCUGCCGCCGACAAGGCCAACAUCAAGGCCGCCUGGGACAAGAUUGGCUCCCAUGGCGCCGACUACGGCGCGGAGGCCCUGGAGAGGAUGUUCCUGGGCUUCCCCACCACCAAGACCUACUUCCCCCACUUCGAUCUGAGCCACGGCUCCGCCCAGGUCCAGGGCCACGGGAAGAAAGUGGCCGAGGCGCUGACCACCGCCGUGGGCCACCUGGACGACCUGCCCGGCGCGCUGUCCGCGCUCAGCGACCUGCACGCGCACAAGCUGCGCGUGGACCCGGUCAACUUCAAGCUCCUGAGCCACUGCCUGCUCGUGACCCUGGCCAACCACCACCCGAGCGAGUUCACCCCCGCGGUCCACGCCUCCCUGGACAAGUUCUUGGCCGCUGUGAGCACCGUGCUGACCUCCAAGUACCGUUAAGCGGGGGCCCGGCGGCCCGCCCCGCCCCGCCCCGGCCCG